AUGGUCAACGUGCCAAAAGCCAGAAGAACCUUCUGUGAUGGCAAGUGCCGCAAGCACACCAACCACAAGGUUACCCAAUACAAGAAGGGAAAGGAGUCCAAGUUCGCUCAAGGUAAAUAUUUCUUUAAAUAUUUUGGGACUCUAUAUUCUAUUCAGGACGUCGUCGUUACGACCGAAAGCAGUCUGGAUUUGGAGGACAAACCAAGCCCAUUUUCAGAAAGAAGGCCAAGACCACCAAGAAGAUCGUCUUGAGAAUGGAGUGCACCGAGUGCAAGCACAAGAAGCAGCUCCCAAUCAAGAGGUAAUUAUUUUCUAUUUUUUCUCUGAAAUGCAGAAUUUACACCUGUCAUGUUGUAAAUGGUGUAUUCAGAGAGUUGAGGUAUUUGGCAGAUUUGCUGCUUACAUUAAAAUGUUUAUUUUUCAGAUGCAAGCACUUCGAGCUUGGAGGACAGAAGAAGUCCCGCGGACAGGUCAUCCAGUUCUAA